CGAGCGCUCAUGGCAAACUGUGAAGUCACCGUGUUUCUUUUUCCAAACUUGAGCCUGUCUGAAGACGCACCUGUCGUCCCGAGAUCCUUUGCGUGUCCAAUAUGGAAGAACUGGCGGUGGAGGUCCGUGGCUCCAACGGCGCUUAUUACAAGGGCUUUGUCAAAGAUAUCCACGAUGACUCUCUCACCAUUGCCUUUGAGAACAAUUGGCAGCCAGAACGCCAGGUGCCCUUCAGUGACGUCAGGUUGCCCCCGCCCGCAGAUGCUAAGAAGGAGAUCGGAGAGGGGGAUGAGGUGGAGAUCUUCUCCAAAGCCAAUGACCAGGAGCCCUGUGGAUGGUGGCUGGCCAAAGUGCGCAUGAUGAAGGGAGAUUUCUACGUGAUCGAGUACGCCGCCUGCGACGCCACUUACAACGAGAUCGUGACCUUCGAGCGCCUGCGUCCGGUCAACACAAACAAGAACAUCACCAAGAACUCCUUCCACAAGUGCACCGUCCCCGUGCCCCAGGACCUGGCCCACGCGUGUCAGAACGAGAACGCCCAUAAGGAUUUCAAGAAAGCUGUAGGAGCCUGUCACAUCUCCUUCUGCCCCGAGUCCAGCCAGCUGCUCAUCGUGUCCACAAACGAAACCACAGUGAAGCGUGUGUCUCUGCUGAGUGACAUGCAUUUGAGAAGCAUCAGGACCAAACUGAUGCUGAUGUCACGCAACCAGGAAGCCACCAAACACCUCGAGAGCUCGAGGCAGCUGGUGUCUUCGUUCCAAGAGGAGUUCACCGUGAGACCAGAUCUGAUGGGACUGGCCAUCGGGAGCCACGGCAGCAACAUCCAACAGGCUCGGAAAGUGCCCGGAGUCACCGCCAUCGAGCUGGACGAGGAGACGGGAACAUUCAGGAUCUAUGGAGAGACUGCGGAGGCGGUGAAGAAGGCCAGGGGAUUCUUAGAGUUUGUGGAGGACUCUGUGCAAGUGCCAAGGAACCUCGUUGGGAAAGUCAUUGGUAAAAAUGGGAAGGUGAUCCAGGAGAUUGUGGAUAAAUCUGGAGUGGUGAGAGUCCGGAUCGAAGGAGACAACGACAACAAGCAGCCGCGACAGGAAGGGAUGGUCCCGUUCAUCUUCGUGGGCACAAAGGAGAGCAUUGGGAACGUGCAGGUGUUACUGGAGUACCACAUCUCCUACCUCAAUGAGGUGGAGCAGCUUCGCAUGGAGAGGCUGCAGAUUGACGAGCAGUUGCGUCAGAUCACCCAGGGCCACCGCUCGUCUUCAGACAGGGGAGCCUAUAACGCAGAGGGCAGCGCCGGCUCUUCUGGUACCAACCGCCCCUACAACGUGAGGGGCCGCAGGGGCAGGGGGCACAGCUACAGCACUGGAUACGGCACGAACUCGGAGCAGUCCAACGCCUCAGAGACCGAUUCAGAACGCAAAGAUGAACUCAGCGACUGGUCCCUAGCUGGAGAGGAUCAGGACAGGGAGCGGGAGAGGGGCCCACGUCCACAGAGGGACAGUCGCAGGAGGCCUGGACCGGGCCGAGGGAGAGGAGGACCUGGAGGGAGGGGCAGAGGACGAGGAGGAUACAGUAACACAUCUGGCUACCGAGACCAUGACGCUAACCACGCGUACGGCUCUAUGGAAGCCAACACUGAGACCGACCAGACAGCCGACACCGACGCCAGCGAUUCCAACCUGUCCGCCAACCGCCGCCGCCGCUCCCGGAGACGCAGGACCGACGAGGACGCCACGCUCAUGGACGGGAUGAGCGAGUCCGACAACGCAUCUGUCAGCGAGAAUGGAAUUGAUGAGUCCGAAGCCAAACCUCAGCGCCGUAACCGCAGUCGCCGUCGCCGUGUGCGUUACCCGGAGGAGAGGCAGCCAGUGACGGUGGCAGACUACAUAUCCAGAGCUGAAUCUCAAAGCCGACAGCUGCCGAAAAAGGACUCCAAGAAGAACAAGGAAGUGGUGGAGCCGAUAGCCGAGCACAGCCCUCCGUCUGCCGCAGCCACGGCCAACGGCUCCAACGACUCCAACGGCUCCAACGGCAGCGGCUCCAAACCACAGCGGUCGCCAUCAGAAACGCAGGGCUCGGUCUCCCACAAAGGCGACGCCACCCAAACAGUGCUCAACGGCGUGUCGUAGUUUAAACACAAAGAGGUUUUCAAAUAUUUCUAAGGCUCCCGACGGCCUGCAAGCAUUUAAUUUCAAGCACUGUUCUUUGAAACCUGGUCUACUGCUACUCUUUACACAUAAACAGUGUGUCCAGUUUUUCAUUUUAAUACAAUUUGUACAAUGUUUCUUAUAGUUCUUCCUGUAUGAGCUUGCCAAAGACAGUUAGAUACACUUCACUGUCCUCGUCAGCCCCUCUUCAGCUCAGGGAGAGGAUUGGCUGAGCACAGAUAUUGGAGAUAGACAGGGAUUACUGCUGAUCUAAAACUGUGGUAACCGAAAUAGUAGCAGGGUUUAAAAAGUAAGACAUGUAUCUACCUUAAACUAAUCUAAAUGCUUCCCCGAUACUUCUGUGCUCCCGAUGUUCGUCAAUAAUUUCUUUUCCCACACCGAGCUUCAGUCAGCAUUUGUGCCUUGAGUCGUUUUAACAUGAAAUCCUUCCGUUUUUUAGUCUGAUUUGGCCCAUAAUUGGCUUUUUCCAACCAAUGAAAUAUAUAAAUUAAUAUCAGUUACUAAUCAGAUGUGAUAUAGUGAAAAAAUAAUCAGUUUAAAGAUGCAUUAUGUAACUUUUCUAGUGAAGAUUCUGCAUUUUAUUGUUUCUUUUGCGAUGUUACUGCUUUAACCGUAUGGCAUUAAACGUAUCUAAGUUGUGUUUAUUCAUUUACAAGUAUUAUAUUACACAUAAAAAACAUACAUUCUUACAGUAAGUGCGCUCGCCUCUCCGCAGAUCUGACUCAGCUCUACGUUUCCAUGGAGAUGUUGCUGCUUUGACGUAUCUCUCCAUCAACAUAUCUAUCUUGCUUUUUUUCAGCUACAAGUAUUAUAUUAGUUUACAAAAGAUUACAUUAAUAAACAUACAUUCUUACAGUGAGGGUGCUCGCCUUUCCACAGAUCUGACCUGGCUCUGAGUUUCCAUGGAGAUGUUACCGCUUUAACCGUAUGGCAUUAAACAUAUCUAUCUUGCGUUUAAUCAGUAAGUAAGUAUUAUAUUCCAAAAAAACCAACUGAAACAUUAAAAAAGGUCUUUCAAUUCUUAAUGUGAGUUUGCUCGCCUCUCUGCAGAUCUGACUCGGCUCUGAGUUUCCAUGGAGAUGUUACUGCUUUGACAGAUAACACUUUUUUAUUUGUAUUUUACUGACACAAAAACCCUAAAAUAUAUUUUUCUACGUGACAUAAACUGAACGAUACAAAGUCGAUAUAAUGAAUAAAUUUCGUCACGCCGCUUUGCUCCAAUCAAAACGUUUAGAAUGUUUAAUCGCCACGGCGACAGUGCUCAUUCUUCGCUGAAAUCCAUAGCGAGCCUCUUGUGAAAAUCCAACGGUGACGCAAAACAUCGAUUAAAAAAAUAUUAUUUAUCAUGACAGACAAAAGCGAUAACAUCUCCACAGAAACACACAAGCGCCAGAACCCCACUGGAAAUGUCACGUAUUGCAUCUUUAAUCGUUAAUAUAUUAAAAAAACAAAAAAAAUAAACAAGCUUGCGUUAUUUUCUCCCUGACGUGCUCGGUUUGUAACUUUGUAGAAUCAGUUACGAAACAUGAAGUUUGUUUUAGAAAUUAACCACGAAACUACAAUAAAAAAACAAAAAAACGUAACAUUUCUCUUCACAAAGUGCAAAUUUAGUGAUUUUUAGUUGAAAAAAUAGCUGGUUACCUUGGUUACCUGAAGUUUACACUCUGCUCUGGCGCCUUUUUCUAACACACAGAAUGUAAUUGGGUUUAUUGUGUCUGAAAAGUCCAGUUUUGCUUUAUUAUAAAUGUGCUGAGGAAUUUGAAUUUAGCUGCGUUUAUUUUAUUUUUUUCUCUCAUUUCAAUAUGCAACCACUUAAGUCGUAGAACACAGCGUAGAACAUAGACGACAUGUAAACUUUGCACUGAUGUAACUGUGUGUUUCCGGUUCAUUUUUAGCCUCUGGAUUCGACCGCUCACUGUUCAGUCCUGGACAACGAUGUAGCGUCACCGUGGUUUUCCUGUAAAAAACAAAAAACAAAUCCAAAUUCAAACAUCUGAACGUUAUUCUGUUCUCGAAGGGACAUUUUGGCUUUUCCGAUGGGGUUUCAUGAGGAAGUAGACGACUAUUAUAGACUUAAAGAAGCACUGUGUAACUUUUCUGGUUUGGUUUCUGGUUUAAGGCUUUAAUAGCAAAAAUCUAAAUCGUGAAAUCAGUUGAAAUCAAGAUUAUUUCAAACUAUUUCAGAAUAAAUAUCAUUUAUUUCUAAUGUUUUACGACAGUUUGUAGACAUUUUGUAGAUUAGAAAUUGGCUUUGCUCCAGAUUUGGAAUCGAAAAUGCUUUUUUUUUCUCGAUUCCAACAUUUUUGUAAUAAUGUAAUAAGCCUUACCGUCAGCUUUUGUCCAAGAAGAUGUUACUACUUUACCUGAAAUGUUCCACAAUAUAGCAUUAAAUGUAUUCAAUAACAGGUGUUUUUGUUGCUAAAGAAAUACAUUGAAAAACAUGCGUGAUUCUGGGAGCGGGGUCGCCUCUUCUCCACAGAUCUGACCUGUAACUUGUAACUUGUAACUUGAAAUGACAACUGCGUAGCCUUAGCAUCAGCGUGUGUCCAUGAUGAUGUUACUGUUAGCCUGGAAUGUUCCACAGUAUAGCAUUAAACUCACCAAACAUAUCUUGCAUUUAUUCAAUAACAGCUGUUUUUGUUGCUAAAAACCUGCGCCUUUCCACAGAUCUGACCUGUAACUGAACCUUGUGCCCAAACUCGCUUGACUCUUUAGUGGUAGAUGAGUCUAACGCCAUACUGCGGAAUAUUCUAGGACAUCUCCACGACGACAAGCAAGCAUCAAACGCACCAAACAUCUUGCAUUUAGCCAAUAACAGGUGUUUUUGCUGCUAAAAACCUGCGCCUUUCCACAGAUCUUACCUGUAAAUGAACCUAGUGUCCAAACUCACUUGACUCUUUAGUGGUAGAAAAGUCCAACGCCAUACUGCGGAACAUUCUAGACCAAGCACUAACAUCUCCAUGGCGACAAGCGAGCAUUAAACUCACCAAACGUAUCUUGUAUUUAGUCAAUAACGGGCGACUGCGAGCGGGAUCGCCCCUCCACAGACCUGACCUGUAACUGAACCCUUUCGAGGUAGACAAAACGCCAUACCGUGGAACAUUGUGAGCACAAAGCACUAACAUCUCCAUGGCGACGAGCAACCGCUAGAAAAGUCACACAGUGUACCUUUAACAUUGUCCUGCUGUAAAUAUAGCAAGAAGUUGUGGUCUCGUAUUUCUUGGGGUCGUUAAGUCCUUUCAAAAAACCCUCUUCAAAAAACAAAACAAAUUGUCCCUAAACUCGCCAAAAAAAGGUCAGAAUUUAAUAUCGAAAAAAAUUCACGAAGCUGUACGAAAAGUGUUGAAAUGUCCCUGGAAACGGUAGCCCCAGGACGACGCCACUUUCCAGGUUCUUCCAUAAAACGAAACUGGUCACGACUGUCCCGCUGCGGAUGGAGGUUUAUUUGGGUUAUUUAUUUUAAGAGAAUGUACAGUAUUUAAACGUAAAAAAAGACAAGGAAAAAGUCUUGAUAUUAAAACAGGCAUUACUGGAUUCUUUCGGAGGCAAUUUGGACUACUGAGAGUUGUGUCUGUAGUGUUUUCGUUGGCUCAACUACAGUAUGUUUUAUAAGGAUUGUUCUGGUUGGUUGAUGUGCAAUAUGUUUUGUAUGGGUAGUUCUUAAAUAAACUUGAUUUUCCAUGUGGAUCUUCA